AUGACUCAACUCGGCCAAGGGCGUCAACAUAACCUUAAAAGAAAAAGCAAACUAUUGCAAAACAUUAGCCCACAUCUACAUACCCUCUAUAUAUAUCUUCACCAUCCUUUUAAUAAUUCAUAUUCAAAUUCUCAAAUAUUUUCAAACAAGAUAGAAGUACAUAGAAGGGAGUCACUAAGAUUACAAGACGUGAAGUUCAUUACAUUCGUAUUCAUCGCCUUCAUCGCCUUCACUAUGUCGUCUUUAGCUCUAACCAAAACAUUGAUUUUGGGGGAAGAAGAGAAAGCAGCAUGUGUUCCGGCAGAUCUUCUAAUAUGCAAAUCUGCAGUAACAACUAAAAGUCCACCUUCGAAGGAAUGUUGCGCAAAACUAAAAGAACAACAGUCGUGUUUUUGUGAUUACUUAAAAGACCCAUCGGCUGGUCAGUAUAUUACGGCUGCCAAAAAAGUCUUAGCAGCUUGUGAUAUACCUUUCUCUAGUUGUUAAUGUUAUAAUUAUCAAAAUCAUAUUUGAGAUUGGAAGUUUAUCUUGUCAAGGUUAUUGACCUGAAACAAUAAAGUGUUCGUUUCUAAUAUA